AUGAACCUGAACCUAGAGAGGAUGCGGGGAGCCGCCGUCAGCCACGUGAGCCUGAACCUAGAGAGGAUGAGAGGAGCCACCAUCAGUCACGUAAGCCUGAACCUAGAGAGGAUGAGAGGAGCCGCCAUCAGCCACGUGAGCCUGGACCAAGAGAGGAUGAGAGGAGCUGCCAACAGCCACGUGAGCCUGGACCAAGAGAGGAUGAGAGGAGCCGCCGACAGCCACGUAAGCCUGCACCUAGAGAGGAUGAGGGGAGCCGCCGUCAGCCACGUGAGCCUGAACCUAGAGAGGAUGAGGGGAGCCGCCGUCAGCCACAGGAAGAGAGGAGCCGCCGACAGCCACGUGAGCCUGAACGAAGAGAGGAUGACAGGAGCCGCCGACAGCCACGUGAGCCUGAACCUAGAGAGGAUGAGAGGAGCCGCCAUCAGUCACGUAUACCUGAACCAAGAGAGGAUGAGAGGAGCCGCCGUCAGCCACGUGAGCCUGAACCUAGAGAGGAUGAGAGGAGCUGCCGACAGCCACGUGAGCCUGAACCAAGAGAGGAUGAGAGGAGCCACCAUCAGUCACAUGAGCCUGAACCACGAGAAGAUAACAGGAGCCGCCGACAGCCACGUGAGCCUGAACCCAGAGAGGAUGAGGGGAGCCGCCGACAGCCACGUGAGCCUGGACCAAGAGAGAAUGAGAGGAGCCGCCGACAGCCACGUGAGCCUGAACCAAGAGAGGAUGAGGGGAGCCGCCGACACCCACGUGAGCCUGAACCUAGGGAGGAUGAGAGGAGCCGCCGACAGCCACGUGAGCCUGAAAUAA